ACCAUUAUAACACACGCGUCCAUAUUCCUGCCUCUCAAAUUCUCAGAAAUUCUUCUCCGACACCGCUAACCGAAAUCCGUCGCCGCGCACAAAUCAACAAUCUGAAUUAAUGGCGUCUACUUUCUCCGGAGAUGAAACGGCACCGUUUUUCGGCUUCCUCGGCGCGGCAGCUGCCCUAGUUUUCUCAUGUAUGGGAGCUGCGUACGGAACAGCAAAGAGCGGGGUAGGUGUGGCAUCGAUGGGAGUGAUGAGGCCGGAGCUGGUAAUGAAAUCGAUAGUUCCGGUUGUUAUGGCGGGAGUGUUAGGAAUUUAUGGAUUGAUUAUAGCUGUUAUAAUAAGUACUGGAAUUAAUCCCAAGGCGAAAUCGUAUUAUUUGUUUGAUGGAUAUGCACAUUUGUCAUCUGGUCUUGCUUGUGGUCUUGCUGGAUUAUCCGCUGGAAUGGCCAUUGGUAUCGUUGGCGACGCCGGUGUUAGGGCAAAUGCACAACAGCCAAAGCUUUUUGUUGGAAUGAUCCUUAUUUUAAUCUUUGCUGAAGCACUUGCGUUAUAUGGUCUCAUUGUUGGCAUCAUCUUAUCUUCCCGUGCUGGACAGUCCAGGGCCGACUAAGCUCUACAGUUUCUCAUUUCUCAACAUUUUAUGAGGUUAGUUUCACCAUAUCAGAAGGGCUGAUUCUUUAGUCAAAACUAUGUUCCUCGGAUCUUGGUCAUGUUUUUAAAUUGUUUGUUACUUACUAUAGUGCAAUCAACUUUUGCUCUCAAAUAAAGCUUUGUGCUAUCAUUGUUUACUUACCUAUAUUGUAUUAUACAUUCUUACAUACAUAAAGAUGCAACUUUGUAGAUUA